AUGACAAGGGGGUUAAGAUUCCUGUGUUGGCCCCUGUGGCCUCUGGCCCUCUUCAGCCUGCUCACUACAGUGAAGAUGCUGGAAUUUGGUGGGGCGCCCGGCCAGUGGGCACGCUACGGACGCUGGGAAGCCGGAUCAGUGGGCGAGCUGAGCUUCAGUCUCAAGACCAACAUCAGCAAAGCUUUGGUACUCUACCUGGAUGAUGGCGGCAACUGUGACUUCUUGGAGCUUCUGAUCGCCGGUGGGCGCCUCCAGCUGCGCUUUGCCAUCCACUGUGCCGAGCCAGCCACGUUGCACAUGGAGACACGGGUGAAUGAUGACCGAUGGCACAUGGUCUUGCUCACCCGCAACUUCCGGGAGACCCUCCUGAUGGUGGAUGGUGAGACAAAAGUGGCUGAGGUCAAAUCCAAAAGGAAGGAGAUGGCAGUGGUCAGUGACCUGUUUGUGGGCGGGAUCCCACCUGAUGUGCGCCUCUCAGCUCUGACAUCUAGCACAGUGAAGUACGAGCCACCUUUCCUGGGCUUGAUCUCCAAUCUGAAGGUGGGGGAGAUGCCUCCCGCUUUGUUAAAUAGCCAAGGCAUUCAGAGCGACCUGGAGUACCUGUGCACCAAACAGAACCCGUGCUUCAAUGGAGGGCUUUGCUCUAUUCAGUAUGGAGAAGUUCACUGUGACUGCACCCACACCCGCUUCAAGGGGAAGUACUGCAAGGAAGCUGAAGAGUAUGCUGUUGAAGGUCUGGCGCACCUGACGUUAAACGACCAAGGUAUGGAAGGGGAAUCAUCUCAAGUCGGUAAAGAAGAGUCGGUGGCCACCUUCAAGGGCAACGAGUUCUUCUGCUACGACCUGUCGCUGACGCCCAUCCAGAGCAGCACCGACGAGAUCACGCUUUCCUUCCGCACGCUGCAACGCAACGGCCUCAUGCUGCACACCGGGAAAUCGGCGGACUACGUGAACCUUUCCCUGAAGAGCGGCGCGGUCUGGCUGGUCAUCAACCUGGGCUCGGGGGCGUUCGAGGCCCUAGUGGAGCCGGUCAACGGCAAGUUCAACGACAACACCUGGCAUGACGUGCGCGUCACCCGCAACCUGCGCCAGCACGCAGGCAUUGGACACGCUAUGGUGACCAUCUCAGUGGAUGGUAUAUUGACCACCACUGGUUACACCCAGGAGGAUUACACCAUGUUGGGUUCGGAUGACUUCUUCUACAUCGGAGGGAGCCCCAACACGGCGGACCUGCCCGGAUCACCAGUCAGCAACAACUUCAUGGGCUGCCUUAAAGAUGUGGUGUACAAGAACAACGACUUUAAGCUGGAGCUGUCUCGGCUGGCUAUCGAGCGCGACCCUAAGAUCACCCUGAAUGGGGACCUGGUGUUCCGCUGUGAGGACGUGGCAGCCCUGGACCCCGUCACCUUUGAGACCCCCGAGUCCUACAUCUCCCUGCCCAAGUGGAACACCAAGAAGACGGGAUCCAUCUCCUUCGACUUCCGUACUACGGAGCCCAGUGGGCUCCUGCUGUUCAGCCACGGCCGUCCUCAGGGUCCCAAAGAGCAGAAGCCCGGUAGGGAGCUGAAGACAGAUUACUUUGCCAUGGAGCUGCUGGAGGGGUAUUUGUACCUGCUGAUCGAUAUGGGCUCUGGAAAAACAAAGCUGAAGGCCAGCAACAAGAAGGUCAAUGAUGGGGAAUGGUGCCAUGUGGAUUUCCAGAGGGAAGGGAGGAAAGGAUCUAUCUCAGUCAACAGCCGCAGCAUGCCCUUCAGCUCCCCAGAGGGCAGUGAAAUCCUGGACCUGGACAGCGACAUGUACCUGGGCGGGCUGCCCGAGUCUAAGUCGGACCUCAUCCUGCCACCGGAGGUCUGGACGGCGCUGCUCAACUACGGCUACGUGGGCUGCGUCCGCGACCUCUUCAUCGACGGCAAGAGCCGCGAUGUCCGCCGCCUGGCUGAGAUGCAGAGCGCGUUCGGCGUCAGCAGCUUCUGCACCCGCGAGCUGCAGAAGAGGUGCAGCAGUGCCCCCUGUGGCAACACAGGUCUGUGCAAAGAGGGCUGGAACCGCUACAUAUGUGACUGUAUCGGCACCGGAUACCUGGGAGGCAACUGUGAGAUAGAGGCGACGGUGCUGAGUUAUGACGGCAGCAUGUACCUGAAGAUCAUCAUGCCGGUCACCAUGCACACGGAGGCCGAGGACGUGGCGCUGCGCUUCAUGUCCCAGCGGGCGUACGGCCUGCUCAUGGCCACCACCUCCAAGGAGUCGGCGGACACCCUGCGACUGGAGCUGGACGGAGGCCGCGUCAAGCUCACCGUGAACCUCGAUUGUAUCAGGAUAGACUGUAACCUCAGCAAAGGACCUGAGACGCUGUUCGCGGGGCAGAAGCUGAACGACAAUGAGUGGCACACGGUGAAGGUGGUGCGAAGAGGCAAGAACCUGCAGCUGUCUGUGGAUAACGUCACAGUGGAAGGCCAGAUGACUGGUGCCCACACACGUCUCGAGUUCCACAACAUCGAGACGGGUAUAAUGACCGAGCGGCGCUUCAUAUCUGUGGUGCCCUCAAACUUCAUUGGCCAUCUCCAAGGCCUGACCUUCAACGGGCUGCCCUACCUAGACCAGUGCAAGAAUGGCGACAUCUCCUACUGCGAACUGAAUGCCCGCUUUGGCAUGCGCCACAUCAUUGCAGAUCCAGUGACGUUUCGAACGAAAGGCAGCUACUUAGCGUUGGCCACUUUGCAGGCUUACGCCUCCAUGCACCUCUUCUUUCAGUUUAAAACCACCACGCCUGAUGGCCUGAUGCUCUUCAACUCUGGAGACGGGAGUGACUUCAUUGUCGUGGAACUGGUGAAAGGAUACGUCCACUACGUCUUUGAUCUUGGCAACGGGCCGUCGCUGAUGAAGGGCAACUCAGACAAGCCACUCAAUGACAACCAGUGGCACAACGUGGUGGUGUCCCGGGACGCAAACAACGUGCAUACACUCAAGAUCGACUCGCGCACCGUUACGCAGCACUCCAAUGGAGCACGCAACCUGGACCUCAAAGGGGAGCUGUACAUCGGUGGCGUGACAAAGAACAUGUACAGCAAUCUGCCCAAGCUGAUAGCAUCCCGGGACGGGUACCAGGGCUGCCUGGCCUCCGUGGACCUGAACGGGAGACUCCCUGACCUGAUCGCAGAUGCACUCCAUAGGGUGGGCCAGGUGGAACGAGGCUGCGAUGGACCCAGUACCACCUGUACGGAGGAGUCUUGCUACCAUCAGGGAGUGUGUCUCCAGCAGUGGGAGGGCUUCACCUGCGACUGCACCAUGACGUCCUAUGGAGGUUCAUUCUGCAACGAUCCUGGGACAACAUACAUCUUCGGGAGAGGCGGAGCCCUCAUCACAUACACCUGGCCACCCAAUGACCGGCCGAGCACACGGGCAGACCGGCUGGCAGUGGGCUUCAGCACGCAGCUGAAGGAGGCGGUUCUGGUCAGGGUGGAGAGCGCCAAGGGACUGGGAGACUACCUGGAGCUGCACAUAGAACGGGGAAAGAUCGGCGUGAUCUUCAACGUGGGAACAGAUGACAUCGCCAUCGAGGAGAGCGCAGUGAUGGUGAGCGACGGCAAAUACCACGUGGUGCGAUUCACGCGGAGUGGUGGCAACGCCACACUACAGGUGGACAACCAGCCAGUCAUCGAACGUUUCCCCUCAGGGAACUUUGAUAAUGAGCGCCUGGCUAUUGCUAGACAAAGAAUCCCAUACCGACUUGGUCGGGUAGUUGACGAGUGGCUACUCGACAAAGGUCGUCAGUUGACCAUCUUCAACAGCCAGGCGUUCAUCAAAAUUGGUGGCGGUGGAGAGAAGGGUCGCCACUUUCAGGGCCAGAUCUCAGGCCUGUACUACAACGGCCUGCAGGUGCUCAAACUGGCGGCCGAGGGCGACCCCAACGUCCAGACCCAGGGCAACCUGCGGCUGGUGGGUGACGUGCCCUCGGUGCUCACUACAGACACCACCUCCACCACCCCGCUGGCUGAUAUGUCCACCACAAUCAUGGAGACAACCACCACCAUGGCCACGACCACCACCCGCAAACAGCGCUCGCCCACCAUGAGGGACAGUGUCACACAGAAUGCAGAUGACCUCUUGGUAGCAUCAGCUGAGUGUCCAAGCGAUGACGAAGAUUUGGAGGAGUGUGAGCCUGGAAAUGGAGGUGAAUUAGUGUUGCCCAUAAUAACCGUGGACUCCCUAGACCCCCCGUCAAUCGCCACCCACUACCCAGUAAUCCCACCACCCCCCACCACCUACCGCCCCUUCCUCACCCUGUUCGAAACCACCAAAGAGUCCCUCCCCUUGCCAAACGGCCGGCCCCCUUGCCCCUUGGACCAGGAGGACUGCGAGGAGACCAUCGAGGUGUCGGCGUACGGCUCGGGGGAGAUGACCGAGUCUGAUGACGAGGACUAUUACAAAAUCCCCCUGGUCACCGACAGGACUGUCCUCCCUCCUCCCCCAGCUGUCGAGGGCAGUGUCCAGAACCCCCGAGACCGCCACUUCUCCCGCGCCCCAAACUCCCACCACCCACCUCUCUCCUCCACCCCCACAGCCAACCCCGACAAGCUCAGCCCCCACAUUAAGCCCGCCGGCGGCGGCAGCAGCAGUAGCAACAACAAAAUCCCGGCCGGGAAAAUGAACACCCGGGACCAGGUGCUGCUGCCGCCGGCCCACCCCUCUUCAGACCCGGGCCACCGCAGAGUCCCAGGAAUAACCUACCCCCCAAAUUUCCCCCAUGUUCCCACUCCAGACCCCACGUCUCCUGAAAGAGGGCUCCCGGGCGCCGUGGAGGUGCAGCAGUCCAGCAGCACCACAGGAAUGGUGGUCGGCAUCGUGGCGGCCGCCGCCCUCUGCAUCCUCAUCCUGCUCUACGCCAUGUACAAGUACCGCAACCGCGACGAGGGCUCCUACCAGGUGGACCAGAGCCGCAACUACAUCAGUAACUCAGCCACGCAGAGCAACGGAGCCCUGGUGAAGGAGAAACAGCCCAGCACUGCCAAGACGGUCACCAAGAACAAGAAGAACAAAGACAAAGAGUACUACGUCUGAGGGAGCGCCGGCGUGACACACAGAGACAGAGAGAUGCACUUAGAGAAGGAAAGAGACGAGAGACAGAGGGAGAGAAAGGGCAGUAUAUGGAGACGUAGCAGAGGGUUAUUAUUAAAAACUCAGUAUUGUCAAGUGGCCAUACAUGUCAAUUCCAAUCUAAUCAGAGGGAGGCAGCAAAAUAAGAAGGCAAGGUGACAUCAUGGUUCUGUUCACACCGUUCAGCAUUGCUUUGAUUGAUUGGACUUCUUAUUCCUAUUACCAUGGUAAGGAUUUAAGGCAAGGUUAUAACACCUCAGAUCACAACACUCACUGUGCCAACAACCGUGUACCAAAUGCUGAUAAAACAGUGAUUUAUGCGUUAGCACAUGACAGGUUAUUUAAUAUCGUGAGUACUGUAGGAAAGCGCCACCAUCAGUAUUUGUGUCAUGGUCCUCACUCGUGGUGUAAGCCUUUGCCUUAGAAAGUAUCAACAUAUUAUUUUACACAUUUGAAUUGGCAACUUGACAUCCCUCUGUCAAAUCAAUAUACUGCCGGCUCACAGAGACAUUGUGUCAAACCCAGCUCUCCCACCUCUGUGAGUGUUCCACGUCUCCGAUCUCUCACCUCUUGUCAGAUCUCUCUCUCUCUUCCUCUCAUUCGCUCGUGCACCCUGUUUCUCUCCUUGUCCGGUGCGCCGCAGCCAAUGCAACGUAAACUCUGCCGUGUUUCAAGCAUGUAGUAUUCAUUUACGGAAAAGAGAUAAAAAACUUUUUCUUUCUGUGGAGUUUAAAAAAAACAAAAAAAUACGACGACGAUUGAUGAUCAUAACAACGUUUAAACGUAGCAACUAUGUGAGAUACCAACGCUCCAACCCAAUGGAUGCUAACUUGUACGUUAAGCCGCCAAAAACUUGUUGAGGCCAAAACCCCUUGGUCGUCCUUUGUUCCAGCAGAUCUGUGUCAUGUGUAUCUGGGGCUCCGAGGCGCCCCUCCCUAGUGGGCCAGCAGAGAAACUGUGUCACGUCCUUACAGUACAGUUACUAAUAACCGAAAAACUGAAAACACCUCCAGCAAACAAGAUGAGCUCUGUUCUAUAUAAUUAUAAAUAUAUGUAUAGACGUUGCAGAAACCUAUGGACCUAAAGCGUGAGCGAGUCAGAAAGCGAGAGAACGCUGAUAGUGUGCAGCGAAGACAGACUUUAGGAUGUUUGACGGUUACAACGCCCCAACCCCCGCUCCUCAGACCCCACCCUCUCAUGAACAGUACGGCUGACGCUGCCUUGCUGCAGGACUCAGUCACUUUGGUUUGCUCUUUUCUUUUUUAUUUGAUUCUUUUCUCUGGAGAAACGAGAGACAUUUUAGGGAAAUUCUGGAUUCAUUCUUGCUGGAGUUCCACUCUGGAGAGAGAUACCUUGCAGCUGAAGAUGCGACCGUGUCUUUCGCCCCCUCUCUAGCCUGACUGGACUGAUGGCAGCCAAUGGGCUAAGCAAACUUUGUGGGAAGAGCACACAAAUACAAGGCGAACGGCAGUUCCCUGGAAGAUGUACAACAGAACUCUAGUAUUCCAAUUUUCUCAACUCUAUUAAAAAAAAGAAAACUGUACCAUGAAAAGAAAAGAAAAUCCUGAAAAAAGUUUGUGAAAUGUCUAAAUAUUUGACUCUCAUCCCAUUACUAAGAGAAAUGUGUUUUCCCUACCAUCAUUCCUGUUUGGAGAAAAGAAAAAAGAUUAUGAUCCUGGAAAAUGGAAAUUUCUAUGUAUUUUCUUUUGGUAAUUGAGCAAAUGUGAUUUGGGUUAUGAACAUGAAACCACACAUUCUCCUUUUAUUCCAUCUGUCAUCCUCAAACUGUUUUGUCUUGCAUCCAUUCCUUUUUCUCUGUAUGGCAGAUUGUAUGUCCCCAUACCCUGUGGAGAAAGCAGGCUCUAUCCAUUCUCCAUGCUUUUUUUAAUUUGUUUUAUAUCUAUUUCUGUCUAUCUGGCUAGAGACAAGAUGGCAGCCGUUUCAUUUGACAGGCUCCAUCGAUUCACUCUCCUGCCACGUUUGUCUGGUUUCUCUCUUUCUCCAUUCCAAGCAUACUCCUCCCAGUAUCUUCCUGUUCUUUCUAAAUGUUAUUGUAAAGUGUUCCAGU